GCGGAGGCUACAGUGAAGCAUGGAAGAUCCAGAUUUGUUGCGUUAUUUAGAAGGUGAUAUCACCUUUGGAGAGUGGGAUGAAAUCCAGAGAAACCGACAAGAGCAUGGUUCAGACUAUGUCCAGCAUGUACUGGAUGCAGGGGGACCAAGUAGUGAAAUAACAGAGGUACACAAUAUUGAACAAAUUGAACUUGAGGAAGGAUCAAUGACGCCCAUAUCCUCAGUUAACAGUACCAGUCCCAUGCGUCUUUCUACACUCACAGCACCAAAUCCUACAUUUACUCAGUUAACUGAUGCGAGACCUUGUACUAGUUAUGGCAGUGGUGCUAACCUAGUAGAUGCUAGUGAUGUACCAAUGUCUGAGGCUGGGCAAAGGCUCCUGCAGGCUGCAGAGUCACAAAGAGGUGGCAACAUAGACACAGCUCUAACUCUGAGAUACCUCAAUGGUGAAGUAACAUUUGAAGAAUUCACAGCUAAUCUGCAAAAGUCAUUAGAAAAGGCAGAUGAAGAAGAAGAAGAUGACGAUGAUGAUCAAUCAGAUGGUGAAAAUGCUGAAGAAGAGGGGGGCUGUGAUGAUGGUGCUGGGAGUGGAGAUGAUUGGAUACCUGAAAUACACUCUAUGAAAAAAACAAAAACUAAAAAAAAAGCUGAUAAGAGGAAAGAAAGUGGUACACCUGCUUCCAAAUCAGAGAAAAAGCAAAGGAAGAAAAGAGAGAAGAGACCUGCAGGGCCAAGAACUAAACUGCCUAAGGAUCUCCAAGGCCUAAUGGGGGAGGCUAACUUGAAUUUUGCACGUGGGUCACUGAAGGAGGCUGUGAAGAUGUGCAUGGAGGUCAUCAGACUAGAGCCAGCUGCCCAUGAACCUUUUCAAACACUGGGUAUGAUAUAUGAAGAGCAGGGGGAGAUGGACAAAGCCUUACAGUUUGGCCUGAUUGGUGCUCAUCUGCACAAUGACUCCGAUGAGUGGUCAAGACUGGCUGAGAUGUCCUUGGAACUGGGCAAUGUAACAACAAGUCUCAACUGCUACAAUAAAGCUGUUAGGGCAAACCCGAGAAAUCUCGACAACUACAUCAACCGUGCAGCUCUUUAUGAACAGUUAGGUGAAACUAAGAAAAUGAUGGACAGUUUCAAGUUUGUGUUUAACUACAUCACGGAGGAGAAUGGAGAGAAAGGAAUGCAAAUCUACAGAGAGUGCUGUAAGGCUUAUCAUAAAGUUGGUAAUGUUCAAGAAGCUAUUAACAAAUACAAGGAUGCAUUUGAGAUUCUGCCAAGUGAUAUCACAUCUGAAGAUGUGAAUCUUCUACUUGAACUGUUGAUAUCUGUGAAAGAUCAUAAGACUUCUAUGGAGAUACUUGUGAAGUACUGUGGCAUAGAACUGGAGGAGGGAGAAGAGAAAGAGACAAUGUGCACUGUACCAGAAGAGCUUCCUAUUGACUUGAGGGUGAAACUGGUUGUAUGUAUGAUUCAUCUGAGACUCCCUAGAGACAGUAUAAAGGCUGUAGUAGCAGUAUUGUUCGAAGAAGAUGCUAAGGACACUGGGGAUCUGUACCUAGACAUAGCUGAGGCUUAUAUGGCUGUAGGUGAAUACAAGGAAGCAAAGCCAAUACUUGGGACAUUGGUCAGCACAGAAGGAUACAAUUUGGCUGCAGUGUGGCUAAUCUAUGGGGAGUGUUUAAAUGCAGUAGGGGACAUUCAAAGUGCAGCUCAGGCCUAUAAACAUGUUGUGGAACUUGCCCCUGGUCACAUUGGAGCCAGGGUGUCCCUCUCACUCCUACAACAGCAGCUUGGUAGACCAGAGGCAGCUCUUAAAGCCCUCUCCCAAGAGGAGGAAUCCUAUGAAGAGGAACCAGCUCUGACUCCCCAGGCUGUAAAACUUUCUCAACACAAAUGUACAUUACUGCUGUCCCAAGGGAAACAUGAUGAGGUGUUCGACUGUGCUAAGAAACUAUUCUAUGGGUCCUAUAUCCACAGGGUCCAUAGAGGAGACAUAGAUGUCACAGAGAUUGCGAGAUCACUGAGACACAGGCUGGACCAACUGAAAACAACACAUCCAGAGGGGAAGGUCAUCAUUGAGAGGAUGAAGAAAGAUUUUGCAGUGUUAAUAGAAACUGCAUUGGAUGACUCAGUUAAUCUAUAUUUCAAAGUGUGUGACCUCUAUAUAAAACUGAAAAGAUUCUCAGAGUUGCAGUUCUUCACUCAGUUAUCUGUGUUGAAUGGAGCAUUUGUUGGUACACCAGAGCUUGAGAAGAGGUUUGCUUUCUCUGUGAUGGUGGCUAGUAUGCUGAACAGAGAUGGGGGUGCUGCUUACUCAUAUGCUAGAGAUAUAUGUGUCAAGUAUCCUGAGAACAACCAGGGCUGGAACCUAUUUGCUCAAGUGGUCACCUUAUGUGAGGAUAUGCGUCAUAAUAGAUUUGUACUGAGGCAGCAGUUCAAGUACCAAGAUCAUCUACCUCUAGCUAUGUUGAAUGGACACAAUGCUCUUAUUACUGGCAGCUACAAACAUGCCCUUGGAGAGUAUGUGAUGGCAUUUAGGAAGGACAGCAGUAAUCCCCUGAUCAGUCUUAUGAUAGGUGUCACUUAUUUUCACCUUGCCUGCCAGAAGUUCCAGACCAAACGCCAUACAAUAGUCAUACAGGGCUGCACAUUUCUGAAUCGCUACUUAGAGUUGAGGGGUGAAUGUCAAGAGGCCUACUAUAACAUGGGAAGAGCCUUGCACCAAUUAGGUAUCCUGUAUGCUGCUGUCCACUACUAUGAAAAAGCCUUGACAUUCGAGCCUGUUAUUUCAGAUAACAAUGAGAUAUUUGACUUAAGGCCUACUAUUGCAUACAACAUUAUUGUGUUGUUUGAAUGGCUGACAAAAGACACAGUUAGAGCUUAGACACAAUUAAGCAAUUAAGCAGCCAAAGGAUCUCACAGGCCACCUUAAAUGAUAGGAGAGGUUCUAGGAGGCCUUGUAAAGCUACUCAUGGAACAUUGUUGUGGCUCUUAAACAGUGUUUGACUUAGCACAGAAUGGUCCCUGGCUAUUUUAUACAUGUAUAGAGUGGCCAUUGGCUUAGGAUGAAGUGGCCUUAACCGCUUAUAACUACGGAACAGCCUGUGUGAAAUGGCCCUCGACCUAUAGAGGAGCAGCUCCUGGCCUACCACAGUGGCCAUUGACUUAUCACGGAAUGCUUGGAUUGGCCCUUGGCAUAUAACACAAGUAUAUGUCAACAAAGGAUGAUACCCGUAUCUGAUAUAGGGUAAAGUUACUAUUGAAAGACCAUUUAGGCACAUCUAAAAUGGACUGGAAAUAAAUGCCAGAAAUCCUGUCAUAAUGAAUCUUGACAUCAAGGUAGACUCCAUGGAAUAUCAUUACGUGCAAUAUUAUAUGGCCUGGUUUAAAAUAAAAAGAAAUGUUUUUGAAAGAAUCUCAGUCAGAGACAUCAAGAAACAGUAUUGAGAAUAAAGGCGAG